GCAGGGGGGAGGGUGAGAGUGUGACACCAAAGGGAAUGUUUUCCAGGCAGGAGAGACUUCUCAACAAGUAAGCACGUUGCUUCUUAACUCCUGGCAGAACCGGCUGCACUUAGCCAACUGACUACUUUUACAGUACACUUUACUUCUUAAAAGGAUGGCAAGCACAAGAACAGCUGGAGUAAAAUAAUUAGGCGGGAAGGUGAGGAAAAACCAAAUAAGGAAACCUUCCAAAGCUCCCCACCCCUCACUGAAAUAAACCCAGCAAAUAUUGUUGUCAGUAACCAUUGUGGAACACUUUUGACGUCACCAUGCGCAGGUCUAGCACAGAUGAAUCGACUUAUCACAGGAGUCCUUCUUUGGACAGCAAGGAUUACAGUUUUCCAAAUGGCGCCUUUCGUCGCUACAGCAGCAUGUAUGGCGGCCAGUUUGGGGCCGCAAGCAACUCUUUUUUUGGAUUCCACACCAACCCAGGCCCUAAGGCCACUAAGGCUAAAUACACAUCCCCCAAGGGAAACAAGUAUGUGGUCUUUUACUUGGAUCUCUCCUUUAUUUUUCUUCUAGAACUGAAGAGGUGCAGCAUGGCUCACAACUGCCUGCAGUGUAUUAAGUACCUCAUGUUUGUCUUCAACCUCCUCUUUUGGCUGGGAGGCUGUGGAAUCCUUGGAGUUGGCAUAUGGCUAGCCGUUACCCAAGGGAACUUUGCUACUCUGUCUUCUUCCUUCCCUUCCCUGUCAGCUGCCAACUUGCUGAUCGUCACAGGGACAUUUGUAAUGAUCAUCGGCUUUGUGGGGUGCAUAGGAGCCAUCAAAGAAAACAAGUGUCUCCUGCUCAGUUUUUUUAUCAUGCUGUUAAUUAUAUUCGUGCUGGAGCUCACCGUCGUGAUUCUCUUCUUUGUGUACACCGACAAGAUUGAUAAGUAUGCUCAGCGGGACCUGAAGAAAGGGCUUCAUUUGUAUGGAACUGAUGGAAACAUUGGCUUAACUAAUGCAUGGAGCAUCAUACAAACAGAUUUCAGAUGCUGUGGAGUGUCAAACUACACUGACUGGUUUGAGGUGUACAAUACAACACGGGUGCCGGAUUCAUGCUGCCUGGAAUUCAGUGAGAACUGUGGGCUUCACUCCCCAGGGACCUGGUGGAAAGCACCUUGCUAUGACACCGUGAAAAUGUGGCUUCAGGAAAACCUGCUAGCAGUGGGGAUUUUUGGAUUGUGUACAGCUUUGGUUCAGAUUCUUGGACUGACAUUUGCAAUGACUAUGUACUGUCAGGUUGUCAAGGCGGAUACCUACUGUGCAUAAGAACCAUUUCUGAAUCCACUGGCCCUGUCUUUCCUCCCUAUGAGAUGCAAGAGGACUCUUCAUUCUCAUUUUUUUCUAUGUAAAAUAAACUGUGUAUAAUCCUCUCUAGAGAUUUUGUGAAUCACCCUAGUUUAUCAAUCACCAUCAUACAAAAGG